UUAGCACACCUGUAAUACGAAACUAGGUCAAUGCGGAAGUGAUCAACGGCUAGCUCUGUAUAGUUCAAAGUUCAGGAUACGAUUUUCAAACAGUAGUUGAACAGAAAAUGACUUCAAAAUGACGUUUACGAUUGUCUUAGGAUUGUAUUUCUUGGGUGCUGCAUCAUGUCAGUUCCUAAAUGAUGUCCCAUUGGAAAUUGAAGUAAAACCUUCAAAACUCACAAUAAAAGAUGGUGGCUCAUCCGAACUCCAUUGUGAUGUAUUUGAUAGAUCAAACCGACCUCUUUCUGAAUCAAACAUAAAAUGUAAAGUGUGGUGGGCAUAUUGGUCUGAACGUGUUCAGAACAACGCACAUUAUACCCAAAUUAAUAAUCAACAUCAGGAUGGAGCACAGUUUGAGGCCUUGCUGCGUAUCAGCAACAUGCGUCCUAAUCUUGAGGGCCGAUACACAUGUUGGGCAGAAUGCACUGAUCUACCUGGCAGAAAGUUCACAGGAGAUGUAUAUGUGACUUACAGUAGUGAAAAAUAUGUAGAGAAUCCCGCAGGCCCAGGCCAGGGAGGGUAUAACCCACAGACACCUAACGACAGCAACAAUGGAGCUCUUGUGGGUAUUAUAAUAGGAUCAGUGUCAGGAGUCAUUCUUAUAGCUAUUAUCAUUGGCCUUGUUGUUUUCUGCAAAAGAAAGAGACGAAUUGAUGAGAAUAUUGAGGAGCAACAGGGUAAGAUGUACCAGGAAAUUAUGGAUCAAUCCAAUGAAAGGACUAAUAAUUGGGUAUCACAAGCAGCUAGUGUGCCACGUAAUCGAGCUUUCAGCGAAGAUGAACUGAGCCGAAUGAGUCUCAGUUCAAGAUUCUCAGAAUCCUCGAAUAAAUAUGGGAAGAAGAAACGACGUAGGAGACGCAAUCGAGAAACAGAAAAUGGGGAGAGUGAUAGUUUGGCAUCGGAUAAUCUUCCGCCAAAUACUCCGAAUGGCGGAGACACUAGUUCUUUUGAUAUGCCAUCUGUAAGUGCCCAAACAUCUCCCGUAAAUGCGACUCCAGCCCAGCCAUUCAGUUUCCCAAAACCUCAAAAGGAUAAUGAACCAGAUGAGCCCAAGGGAGAUGCUACUGAGGACAAACCUCCUGUGGAGGGUGCAGUUGCUGUUGCAGCUGCUAAUCUUACUGAUGAAAUACUGAAACUAUAUAAUGCAAACAUUGAGGAAGUAGAUGAAGAAGAUGAAGAGGAUGAUGAUGAUGUUGAUGAUGAUGAUGAAUCAGAUAUUAAUGAUCCAAGUGCUCCACUCAAUCCUAAAUCCACCAGCCAUGAUGCAGCUGAUGAGGAAAUUCCUCCACCUUACACUGACCCUAUACCCCCGGGCAGUGGUGCCAGACCUAGGGAACCUAGUAGGCACACUAAACCAAACAAACAUUCUACCAAGGUCCCUGAUAGACCAUCAAGACGGACACCAGUUCCUAUUGAAUCUGAUCCAGAGCCAGCCAGACCUUGCCCUACACCUCCUGUUGGUCAGGGUCCUCCUCCAUAUGUAUCCUCUAAGGAUGACAUUCCCUUAGUUGAUGAAGACCCGGACACAACUCUUGAUGAGCCUGUUGAUGAAGGCCCACCACCAUACUCAUCCCCAGGGAAAGCCGCAAAGAAUGAGCAACAAGCAGCUAAUAAUAACUCUAGUACCCCUCCUAGACCUCCACGUAAUGCACCACCCAGGCCUGAUGCAACCUCUAAACCGACACUCAUGACUACAGUUGUGUAAUUGCUUUACAAAAGUGUGGUCAUGUGGUUGCAUUCCUUUUGAUCAUAUGUGUGAUUGUAUUAUGCGAGUGCAUAUAACAUGAAUGCAUUUACGUGAAUAGAUCACAUGAGUGUAUCUUUUUAAAUGUAGCAUACAGCA